CGACCCGGCGACCAAUCAGCUCGCGGACGCGGCCGUGUUUGUCAGCCAGCUUCCGUGUUGUUGCCACAGUGUCCGGGAGGCUUUCGUUCAGCUAAGGACUCUGUCGACAUGGCAGCGGCCCAACAGCAGUCCAUGAUGACAGACGGAGUCCUCACGCGUGCGGCCUUUGGCUGGAGCACUCAAGGAAACUUGACGUCCCUUUGCCCGAACGGGUCCGCGUGGGUUUGGGAAGGGCUCGGGGAAUGCGCGCAGGACGGGAGGGACAUGGCCAGCAUCUACCUGGGCCUCCUGUCCAUCCUCUGCUUCAUGGUGUCUUCACUCCCGCAGUACCACAGGUCGUGCAGGACGGGGAACAUGGACCAGGCCAUCUCCAUCUGGUUUCUGCUGCUGUGGUUGGGAGGCGACACCUGUAAUCUGGUGGGAUCCUUCUUGGCAAACCAGCUCCCGCUUCAGACAUAUACAGCCAUUUAUUAUGUUUUUGCUGACCUUUUGAUGCUGGGCAUGUACUUGUACUACAAGAUGUGGAACAGGAUGUUAGAAAACAGAAGGGUUCUGCACGUGGUGGGUGUUGUCUGUGUCCUCGGCUUCACCACGAGCCUCGUCCACCUCCCCGGAUUAGGGCCCCUGCCUGAAGUCGUUCCCUCUGAGUUCAGAGGUCGCGCCUUGCUUUCGGUGUCCGAUGCUAGUUCCAUCAAGGCUUUUAGCUCCAGGGAAAUUAUCGGCUUCUCCAUCGGCUCAGUGUCGUCAGUUCUCUACCUCUUUUCCAGACUUCCCCAGAUGUACACUAAUUUCAAGAGGAAGUCGACAGAGGGCGUCUCUUUCUUCCUGUUCGCGUUGGUCAUCCUGGGAAACACCACAUAUGGCCUCAGUGUCCUGCUGAAGAACCCUGAUGAUGGCCAGGGCGAAAAAAGCUACAUAAUCCACCACUUGCCCUGGCUCAUCGGCAGCCUCGGCACCCUCUCCUUAGACCUCUUUAUCUCCUUCCAGUUCUUCAUUUACCGCGAAGCCAAGUUGGGGGUGGCUGCCGGCCACGGUGAGACGACGCCUCUGAUUGGGAGCUAAAGCGAGUGUUUACCGGUGGGACGAGAACAGACGCUCGCCUGCAGUCAAAUCCACACUUCCAACAGAAUCCAGAUGAAAACAGUUUGGUGCGAUUUUAUAGUGUAAUUUCUUAUGCUUUUUUUUGGUUUAUCGACAAAAGUACCGUGGAGGAUCAAGUCCUCCACUUAGGUACAGCGGCAGUGAUUUAUGGUUCACAAUUCUCUUAAUGUUGGAGAUUUAAAAGGCCGGUUGAAGGUUUCAGGUGUUUGAAAUGGAUAAAAAAAACUCCUGUCAAACCAAAAUCCUCCUUCAUUUUAGGUCACAAACUCAAAAUGAUUUCAGACCUAAUAAAGACGCAGAAUUCCUCUAGCCGGGCAGAGCGCACAGGGGCUUCUCUCAAAACAUUGUGGGGUUUUUAAGUUGCCAAACGCACCUUGUGACCCCCAGUUUCCUCCCUUUGCCAUGUAGAUUCCCACCGCAAAGCGAGAAAAUCUUUUGCGGUUGAUUUCAAGUGUAAAUUGUAUUGAGUCUGUUUCAAAUAGAUGCUUACACCAAGUGCUUUAAUCACAUUUUUGGGAAUUUAAUAUUUAUUUGUUCAUUUGAUUUAGCUUUUUAUAAAUACAGAAGCUUGACCAGUUUGGUUUGCACAGGUAAUAAAUUACACCACACACAUUUAGACAUUUUCUUCUUUUUUAAUUCUCUGUUUUGCACAACAAAAGUAACUUUUGUACUUUGAGAGAACUUCGGUCAGUGUACUGUAAAUAUUAAACAAUAAAGUCCUUUUCUUUGUUUUUUGA